CUCUGCGCGCUUGGCCGGAAGUGUGCUGAAUGGGACGAGGUCGGUACUUUCAACCAAUCUAGAGGAUAAUUCAGUUAAAAACCAAUCUCUCAUAGCAACCCGGAUUGUAUAUUAGUCUCGGGAUCUCAUAAACUGGAGGAAUCUUUGUCUGAUGGAAACUAAACAGCCAGGUGUCGUUUCAUCAGCAAGAAAACCAUGUCUAACUGGCAGCGUAAGGAAAUUGAAAAACAUCGCAGCUGAUUUGCAUAAUUUUAUUUUUAAAUGGGAACGACUAAAUGACGAAGGCUUUUCGAUCGCAAGUCAAAUUGUAAACCUGGAAAUAAGUAAAAGGUCAGAAAAGAAGUCACAUAUUAAAUUGGAUUGUGAAAACAGAGUCAACAUUGAGCAUUCAGAAAAUGAAGCAGAACUUGAUUCAGACAUGGAGGAUGGAUGCACUGCACUUUUGGCCAUUUUGGGGAAAAUGACUCAUCUUGUAUCUAAAAUGGAGAAGAUGUCCUGUUGUACUAAAGGAAUUUGUGCCCUUCACACAUACCAGGAAGGACCAUCAGGAACACAGUCACUACUGUUCCAGACUUGGCCUGUGACACAUUUUGAUGAUAUAUCAUCAAAGCUCUUUGAUGCCUACAAGCAAGAACUAGCCCUGAAGCAGAUAGUUGUUAAUGAAAUUGCGCAUAUAUCUGACCCAAAUCUCUCUUUGGUAUUUCUCUCAUCCUGGCUCUAUCAGCCCUAUAUAGAGGACAUUAAUAAAGUCUUGCUUGAGAGUUUGCUUCUGGAAACAGGACACAGAAUGCUGACAUGAACUUCCACAACGUACUUUGAGGAAUGGUUGGAGGAGUUUGUUCCUAAGAUUAAUAUCAACAAUAAAGAAAAUGUAUGCUUUUGUAGUUAACACUUUUCUAAUAUUGUUUACAUUUACCAAGUAAUAUGGUCAGAAAUUGUGUAUAUUAAGAUGAACAUUUUACACAGGUUGUUAAAUUUCCUUUCAGUGUGUAAAGUACAACAAAUUAACUGAUGUUAGGAAAAACAUUUGUAAUCAAGUAGUAAAAUAGCACAGGUAUUUUUUUUUCCCUCAAAAUAAAAUUUCUUUGAAACUC